UUUCACAUAAUGGCAUUUUUUCAAUUCGAAUAGGCAUAUUUUAUUUAACUUGAUAUAAUUUCGUAAAUAGAACAAUGUAUAUAUUGUGACAAACAGUAACGAAGUGACGACUAUAUUCAUUUAAACUUGGCUUAGGCUUAUCGAUUUAUACGUAGUUUUAGAGCUUCACAUAGUGAACUCUAUUUUAUUUCGUUCAUUUAUUCAUAUAUUCGAUUUAUUUCGAACAAGAAAAUAUAGAUCGAUAUAUAUAAUCUUUGUAAAAGAAAUUAUUAAUUUUUUACGAUAAUUAUAUAAUUCAUUUUGCAAACCAAUUAUCUUGUUAGUCAUUUUAUUGACAGUGGUGGGAUACGAGAAUAGAUAACAAUACUUUAUCAUCUUUGACAUUAGAACUGUCAUCGUAUUCUUCGUUUAUGUGAUUCUUAACAAAACACGGUGUUUCUUAAAAUCUGAUAUAUUCAGAGAAGUGUACAUAAAAAAAGUGAUUUUUUUUUACGAAUGUACCUUAGUUAAUCAGUGAACGAUUAACCUCUAUUAAGGAGGUUACUAUCACAUAUAGAAUAAUUUUCAAUAUUGUUAAUUUUUUUUAAAUAACACAAAAGUUAAUAUGGAUAUUGGAUUUUCAUCAUACCACAAUGGUGGUCCUACAAGAGAACAAGAUUUUGGUAGGCUAUCUCAGACCAUUGGUACAUCUAUUUUGAAGAUAUCUCAAAAUGUGUCUUCUAUGCAAAAAAUGGUCAAUCAAUUGGGCAGCUCUACAGAUUCUCAAGAACUACGAAAUCAAUUACAUCAAAUACAACAUUACACACAACAGCUGGCAAAAGAUACUAGUGUACAUCUUCGAGAUUUAGCUAUAUUAUCUAAUAAUUCAGGAUCUACUAGUCCUGGAGAACAAAGACAACGUAAGAUGCAAAGAGAACGUCUACAAGAUGAAUUUACAAGUGCAUUAAAUUCUUUCCAAGCAGUGCAAAGACUUGCAGCUUCCAAAGAGAAAGAAAUGGUUAGAAGAGCAAAAGCAAGUGCAGGUAUUACUCCAUUUGGAGAAAAAAAACAAGAGACAUUAAUAGAGUUACAAGAUAGUAGAACUCAGAAACAAAUUCAGCAACAACAAUUACAAGAAGAACAAAAUUUGCGAAUGUUGGAAGAACAGGAAGCAAGUAUAAGACAGUUGGAGAAUAAUAUUAGCGAUAUCAAUCAAAUUUUCAAAGAUCUUGGUACUAUAGUAUAUAAUCAAGGAGAAGUUAUUGAUUCUAUAGAAGCAUCUGUUGAAAGAACAGAAGUAUCAGUCAAUGAAGCUACUUCACAUGUUAGACAAGCAAGUAUAUAUCAAAAUAAAUUGCGCAAGAAAAAAUGUAUAUUAGUUCUCAUUGGAGCGAUUGUACUAUUUAUAUUAAUUGGAAUCAUUGCUUGGCAAAGUUCUUAAAUAUUUUAUAAAAUGAAUAAAAUGAUAAAGAUAUAGUUGCAUUUUAAUUGCAAGAUACCAUAUUUGGUAUAUAUAUAUUUCCUGAAAAAACUUUUGAUUUAAUUAAAAUCGCUUUAUAAUUAAAAAAAAAUGUAGUACUAUAGAAGUGUAGUACUCUGUGAAAACGAAUGUAACAAAAAAGACUUGCAUCAUACUAUAUCUUAUUAAUAACAUUUUCAUAAUUGUGAUAAUAAAUGGUGCAAGAUUUAUUUUACAAAUAAAAUGUGCAAUGGCAAGUCUAAGACUGCCCACUCCA